UUUGAGCAAAGAGUGCUUGAGGCCCAUAAUUAUUAUCGCGGGAUGCAUGGUGCUCCGCCCUUAAUAUUGAAUCCCAGGAUGAGUCAGAUGGCCACCCAGUGGGCUCAGUAUUUGUCAGCCACAAAUAGUAUGUUCCACAGCCAAAAAGCAGGAUUUGGGGAGAAUAUUUUCUUUUCUUCAGGGGCCAGUCUAGGAGGAUCAGAGGCUGUGACUUCAUGGUACAGAGAGAUUAUGUAUUAUAAUUGGAACUAUCCUGUGUUUAGUUACACCACCGGGCACUUCACUCAGUUGGUGUGGAAGGGUUCCACUUACUUAGGUGUUGGCAUUGCCAGAAGGGGCAAUGCCAUUCAUGUCGUGUGUAACUAUUAUCCCGCUGGCAACGUUCCGAACGGUUUCUGGCAGAACGUCUCUCCUCAAAAAGAUAUGCAGAUGCUGAUGGCGAUGGCCAGGGAGAUGUUGAUGCAGAUCCCCAAGAGCUGCGGCAGCGGCGGCGGCAAAAAAGGUGUCGAAGAAAUUGUUCGACAACCAAGCCGCAGCCAGAGUCAAACUCCCAAGUCAAAGUCAGAGUCAGAGUCGGAAAGCCAAAGCCGAGGACCUUCUGCUGCCGAUCUGCUGCAUAAAUGA